AAGAGAAUCAUUUUGCCUUUCUCCUAACUGAUCGGCAGGGUGGUCCAUUGUUAGUCGGAAAAACGUGAAAUGCAUGAAAAUUGUAGGUUUUAUCACGGGGCCUAAUUGUGUUGGUCUCUAAGGAUCUACCAUGUAAAUCAAUUAUGGUCAAGGAGAAACUCAUCCAACACGGCUCACCCUACAGUGUGCCCAUGUCUGGUUCCUCCUCAGAUGGACAGACUUGAAUCGGAGACUGCACGUAGGUACCUACGGUCUCAGCGAGCGAUAACGGUGUGUGAUGACUGGACUGGAGAGCAAUUACACGUCAUCUGCACGCGGGCAAACACAUGGCGUACGUGACCAUAAACCAUUGUGUGCGUCGCGACGCACAUCGAUAUUGAUGUCCACGCGCGCGCUGAUGUGCAGGACAGGCUCGACUGACUGCUUGCAUCCAACAGUUUCAUCUGCGUUGGAGCGACGCGACGUAAACGGUUAAUCAGCUGUGCUGUUGUGAUGGCAACUAUAACUGGCUGUGUCUUUCGAUACGUAAAUGGGUUUCUUGGUUAAUCGCAGUCGGGUGCUUGAUUUACGGUGGUCGUUAGCCCUGUCCUUGCUCGUGUGGACUUCGCUGGUACGAGGCGAUGGAUUCAAACUGCCGGAUCAAACGGAUGCCGCUGUAGGAAAGUCAGCCGUUGAGGGCCCAGUUGUGGUUCCAGCUGCCGGUGAAGGUCGUCGCCAGGGAAAACAUCUGCUGGACUUCAUCGGACUUGGUACCGGAGGUAACGUGGAUCCUUACCUAGCUAGGACGAACGCUCAGUGUUUAAACGGGGAGCUUGCUGACUGCUUCAAAUCGCAGGCACUGAAUACCUUCACGGACUUCUUCGCCAAGGAUGUCUACCAGUUAACAUCCAACGCCCGAAUAACCCGUCUGCCGGAAACGCAACUCCGUUCAUUCCAGCAGGACCCCUUCGAAUACUCGGAAGAACCUCGUCAGCUAGACUCCGAGUGGGACCAGCUCUACAAAUUCGGCCUCCGUCAGCUGGAGCGUUUCGUAAAGUCCACUGCCCUCGAGUUCCAGAUCCCCGACGACGUCACCGAAGGCGGCCGCUACCAGGCGCGCUUCAUCGAUGAGAUCUCCGACGAAAUCGACGUCAUCGAGGACAAGAAAGCCCCUCUUUUCUCCCGCAACCGCCUAAAGAAGAUCUUCAUCCCGCUGCUGAUCAUCCUGAAGAUCUUCAAGCUUAAGCUGCUGCUCUUCCUGCCACUGAUCCUCGGCCUGGCCAGUUUCAAAAAACUACUCGGAUUUGCUGCCAUCAUCAUCCCCGGCGUCAUCGGCUACCUCAAGCUGUUUCGUCCGAAUCAGAGCUGCUGCUCGAACGACCUGUUCUCCAACAACUACACGCCCCAGUACUCGCCGCAAGGCUUGGGUUCCGUCAGCUACAACCCGUUCAAGCCGCCCUACCAGAAUCAGUACUCCCGACCGGAGCCCAAUUUCGCCGCCCCGUACGGCAACUACUACCGGGACAGCUACGAGCUGAAGAAUUCAGGGGGAGUCAAGUUCGGAGACGAUCAAGCCUACCAAGGAUACUCGGAGUACCGAAGCAACGAUAAAGACAUUAAAGCGGAGAAAAACUAGCACACCACAUUAGCGAUUGGAACAGUUUCUGUUGUAAAAAUAUUCAAUUAGUUUAAUUCGGUAUGAUUAGGAACAUGAGGCAGGGAGAGUAAGAGUGUGCGGAUGUAUGCGUGUGAGUGUGUGAAAUAGUAGCAAUAAUAUUUCUAGUGAACGUUGCCGAUCAACGAUACCGCGCGAAACAGUUUACCAGCUAGUACCAGUGUAAAUAUUUGAUUAAGAAAAUGAAUUAAAGCUCUGACCAUGGAGAUAAUUUGA